AUGCUGGCGCCGAUGCCCAGUCUUUACGCUGGUGAGACUGGAAGAAACCUCAGGAGUCGCUUCAGCGAACAUCUGCGAAGAAUACGCAACAACACUCCUGGGUUUCCUGUGGCCCAACAUUUCAAUUCCACUGGCCACAGUAUUUCUGAUGUCCAGGUGCGUGGCAUGGUGUGGCAUUAUGCAGUGGUACUAACAUUCAACGAAAGCAACGUGAGAUGCGGUUGACUUUUCAACUAGGCACCGUUCAGCCGAAAGGACUGAAUAUCAAUUUCAGUUUCAUUUGAAUUGGGACGUUAUGUUCAUCCUGCGCACGCUAUUAUACAACCUCGUCCCCAGUGCUUUUCCCUCAAAAAAUGGGUGGGGCGGGAAAAUGGCCUUUUCCCGCCCCACCCAUUUUUUGAGGGAAAAGCCCUGGGGCCGAGGCUGGCUAUUAUAGGCGUGCGUACUUCGAUCAUUUUUGUGCUGUAUAUGAAAUUGCAUAGUACUGUACAACGGUUUUUUCUCACAAUGAAGAAAGAUCAUAAACCCGAAACGAUUGUGUUUUAUGAAAACAUUUGACACUUUUUGAUCAGUGUUCUUUAGGGAGUGACACCUUAUCAGCUAGUGUAAACACAGCCUAAGUGAACUAAAGUAACUAUGAAAUUCUCUAUAUUUGAACUCUCACAAAAGAUCAUGAUAACCUCUUGCGAUAAACCAGUAGCGUAAAAUUUGACCUGAAGAGACCCGACCGAAGUUUGGAUAACGUCCACACGAUCGAAUGGGGAUAUUUUUGAAACAGCAUACUUUUUUUUACAUGAAUCGGCCUUCCGUACACACGAAACCAGUGAAUCCACUCACCAAAACCGCACUGUUUAAUUUUAAAAGCACUCCCCAGAGUAGUUUAAGGCCUCUUGCACAUUAUGGUCAAAUGUUCGGAUUCGUGUUCAUUUUGGCAAAUGUAGUGGUUAAUUUUGGUCAUAAAAGAGGCACGUGGGAUUUUCACCUCGCCUGAGAAGUGGGAGUUUUUUUUUUUAAGAAAAACGGUAGGAAAUCUGAGGACAACAAGUGGUAGAUAGUACCUACUAGGUCCAUAACUGUUACGUAUGGUUAGUAUUCAGAGGUAUUGUAGAUCAUUAAAGGCUCCUGCUCGAAAAACACUCUGCCCAAAUUAUUCUGAAAUUUAUUUAUGCUCAUCACGUUCACUAAAUGAUCAAACUGCUCCGCUGAAUUUAAAAUGUCACUCAGAAAAUAGAUUUGUGUGGCUAUAAUAUUUGUCUCACUGGUUGCUUGUUUCACUGAAGCUAAAGUGAAAAUGAACCUUCCUUCAUGAUAGCUAUAUAUAAACUGUAAAGGUUCUUAUUUUAUAAAUGUCUCUUGAUGUAGGAAAAGGUAAAGUCUCUGCAGUUUGUAUUUCUUUUGCUGUUGCCAUGCCAGCUGGUAACCGGCUGUGUUUUCCCACUUUUAAAGUCCUUAAAUUUACAUGUGCUUUUAAUUUAUUCUCUAUAAACAUCCUGCAUGUGACCACCUAAAGUACAUUAGGAUAAAUAAGAACACGUCAUUAAUUUUCUAUCGUGGGUUAUCAACACAACACGGUCUAGAUUGAAGUCAUCGGUUGAGAACAACAGUUGGUACAUUUUAAAACAUUAACUUCCCGAGACAGAAAAUGGAGGUAGGUCGAGCGUUUUUACUAUCUUCUCAAAAAACUAUGAUAUGAGGGAUAUUAAUUUAUGACAUGUGCCGCUGCCGACGGGAUCUCGACCCGUUAUUUUAUCUUAAAGGUGCUCUCAUUAAGCUGUUUAUUUGAUGGCAUAAAACGCCUUCAGCCCUGAAAGGCCGCAUGUUACAGAUAGCACCGAUUUUUGAUAACAUGUGUCACGUUAUCGUAAAUAUAUUUCUAUCUGUCCUUAGUAGUAUCGACUUUUUUGUCGGCUUACUGAACGGUAUAAAAAGUCAUGAUUUGGUCCGUCAUUUGCUACUGGAUGAAAACAGUUCAAGCAGACGUGGGCUCGUUAUCAGAUUGAGAGAGCGAAAAAAUAGCCGUAUCCCGGCCGUUCGUUCUGAACGAAUUUUUCUGAGUUGAAUUUCUUUCGUACUAAUUAUGUAACUUUCAAAAGGAUGUCUUUGCUACGAAAAACGGCAUAUCCUCAGUCUGCAGAGGCAAAAAAUAAAUAAUAAAGAAAAUAAGAUAAACUGAUACUACGAGGCCAACUGAGAGACUCAACUGAGUUUGUUUUGCUAUCGCCUUAUUAUUUGAAAGUGUUUUAUAUAUCAUACUAUCACGAAAAGCAACAUAAAAUUAUUUUUCUGCAAACACGCAUUUACAAUGUGAAACGGGCGGACUCGGAGCGUUGCCAGUAUUUUACACGGUAUAAAUUUGGCUUGUUAGUUUAGUAGAAGCCCGAGUCUCGGUAAACACGAAAACAGUUCACCUUUGAAAAAUUUUUAUGCAAAUACAUGGCUACCUGUUUUAUGCAUAUAAAAUUCUAUAGUCAAGGCUAAUUUUAUGCACGUCAUGACAAAAAAGACCGUAAACGACAGCGAAGUGAUAUCUGUUCAGUUUUGUGGCCUCAACUACGUAAAAAAAGUUAGCCAAAUAAGUUUAUUUAUUUUUGUUUGUUUGUUUGUUUGUUUUUCAGACAUGAUGCAGAUUGUUCUAAAGUGUUUUUUUCCCUUUCUUUUCCUAUCUGACUCUAUAAAGUAAGUGAUAAAAUCAAAAUGUUUUUGUCACAAGAGAGAAUUCUCUCUUAUUUUAUCAUCAUUGUUAUUUUUAGCUUGGACCAUGUUAACAAUCAUGCAUCGGUCAAUUCCAGCUGCGCCCAGACCCCCACCUCGCACGGGCUGACCCCCGGGCAUUACCUUGGAUGGCAAAUUCCUGGGGGUGGGGACUCUUGAGCUGUCAAAUCCCCCGGGGUGGGGACAAAAACAGAGGGCAAAUGCCCCGUCAGUUUAUGAAAAUUAUCGACAUUAAAAUUAAUAAAGCGCUGUAAAGUUAUAACUAUGAAAGGAUGUUCUUCAAAUAAUAUCAACAGAAAUUUGAUUCACCUGCCGAAAAACGUUGAUUCACGUCGAUAGCUCCGGAGUUUCGUUAUGAAAUUCUGGCUUCAUAAGCGAUGAAGAAAUGCAUGCUUAAAAUCGAGAACACGUCUUUACAAUGACCUGUCCUUGACAGAUGAGCCAAUCUCCUUUUUUCCAGUAAUAUCCUCUGUGUAGUUAUAUUCUGAUAGGAAACUGGCGCGUAACAGUUUGUUUGUUUGAAAAAGCACUCGACUCUCAGGAGAAAAAAACCUGAGGGUUGUGUAAUUUUCAAAAAACAGUAAUCGAAUCCCAGCCCCGAGGCAGACUAUUGGGAAAUUAUUGAAUCAACAAAUGCCCCAUUCCCGGGACUGAGAAACGCGGGCUUGACAAUGCCCCUUUUUUUCUAGUAAUAUCCUCUGUGUAGUUAUAUUCUGAUAGCCGGGAAUAACUCCGGGGGGGGUGUGGGGUUUGAAACGGCGGGGCCCGCAGUAGCCUGGGGGGGUGUGGGGGGGAGGGGGGUUGCAGCUGGAGUUGACUGAUGCAUUACCUUCUUAUGACAUUUAAUUAAAAAUUCUAUUCAUUUUCUUGUCGUUUUUUUUCUCUUUUAACCUUUCAGGCUUUAUGGGUAUCUAAUUUUGCGGUUACCACUUUUAUAUGAACUGCACGGUUUAUAAGAAAUUACUUAUCGUAAAAGGAUAAAAUCGUUAACAAUUAGUAAUGUAUCACGAAAUCUCUUACAAGUUUUAUGCAAUUUUCAAUCGUGCCCUGCGAGAAGGCCUGGAGAAACCACUGCUCGCAGGGUAUUUCAGUCGAAACUAAUAACAUAAAACUUGUUCGGUUUGGAAAAAGUUAUAGACUGCUGGAGUUUAUUCUCUAGAGAAUGCGUGACCUACGACGUUAAUAAUUCAUGAAUUGCAUGACGAAAUUAAUUUAGAAUAGAUUUCACGGUAAUGCAAUACUGUAGUAUAUCCCAAGGUUACGAACAAAGAUUCUUCGUUUGACGACCUGAUCGUUCUUGCUGUGUUUCAAUAUAGGUUGUUUGACUUACAGAUCACCUCGUGGUUACGGUAAACACACCAGAGAAGAAAAUCCCUGCCACGUUUCUGAUGAUAACAUCUGAUUAGGGCAGAUGAAAAUCCAAUCAGAGAGAUAAACUUAAAAAAUUUUCCUAUACAAAGACCGAACAACACGCGAACAUGGUAAGUAGCUACACGAUUUGGCAUAUUCUCUGAGUUCAGGUUGUAAAAAAAUUUUCUUUGUUCACUUGCUAAUUACAAUUCUUAAUGACUGUUGAACUAUAGAUUGAGAGGUCUAGACGUUUUUAUUUGUCGCUCCUUCGAGCGUUCAGUGUGCUGGCUCUUUGCUCGGUGUCUUCUAUCACCGCGAACAUGAACUCGACCAAGACGACCGAGACACCAAACGGAAAUGCUCUUAAGAGUUUCAGUUGCGAGUGGAAAGAUUUGGAGUUCCCUAUCACUUAUGGACCAGGAAUUGCUGCAUCGCUGUGCGUGCUAAUCGGUGGAUUCCACUUGAUUUUUGGUGAGGAUAAAAUAGAUAGAUGUCUAUAUAUUUUCUUGAUUGCUUUUCAGCUGCGGCCGAUAGAAUCUUUCAAUCUGCACGCAUGCAUGGAUCACUGACAAAGUUUUUUUUGGCGCUUCUUUCAAACACUCGCUAAACCAAAUUUUGAAUCGAAUAGUUCAGAGACAAUAAAAACAACCGGUGGAAAGCGGGUUUACAGGAAACGAGACAAUAAUGGAGAAAUAUGAAAAGUAAAUGUUGAAUAUAUUUGUGGCUGAGAAGAAUACGGAUCCGCUAGCAUUGAAAACUAAAAGUUCGGUAAAAUUACCGGCCUUACAUUGUAAAACAGCGACAGACAUGUCUCCCUGCAUUUGUAAGCUUUGACAUUAUCUCGAAAACGAUAGCACUUUUAUCGUGAAACAGUAUUAUUUUAAAAGCCCUUUGUUUUUAAUGUGAGCGCGAUCGGGUUUAAGCUGUUUACACGUUUUCUCACGUCAAGAAAGUUCUGAAGAGGCAUGUAGAUGUAAAUGGUUUUUAAAUGUUUUCAUUGUGCCUGUGGUAAACACGGUUACAGUGAGUACAGUGAUAUGCCGAUUACCGUUUUAUAAAGACCAAACGUACUUCUUUAUUCAUCGCCAUGGACUAUAUCGGCCAUAGCUAAAUUGGGAAAUGGGCUAAUUUUCGUUUCAUUAGCAUUUUAUAGGUUCAUCAUUUGUUUGGUCUGUGCAUGCGUCAGAACAAACGGGAGGUUUUCACCCACUUCCGUCGACGUGAUUCCAUCUGCUUGUCAUAUAAGGGAUCACUUGCCGUACUUACAUUCUAAAAGUCAGCUGUUUUACACGAUAUCGUCUCCUUAGAACUAGAACACACUGGGUUUGCGAUCGUUUAUUAGCUUUCUGCUCUAUUGCUCACAGUUUACUAAACAAGACAAUCUCUAAGCAACUCGAGUUUGUGUGGUCUAUUUCUGGAGCCCCAGUCAAACAUCUGUUGUCGUCAACUUCGGGUUGAAACAAUUUUAGCUAAUUCGUACUGCAUACAGACCCGCUAUGAUACGCAAAGUGAGCAAAGGAAAGCAAACGUAAAGAGAGUGGAUAACCCCCAGUGGGGCCCUUCAUCAAAAUGAAUCACAAGAGCCAUUUUUUAGGGCACUAAAUCUCAUUCGCCCCUCCUCCCCCGCCAAAAGAUAUUUAAUCAUUUAAUCCGUAUAUGCAUAUGCAGAAUCAAUAUUAACCUAAACCAAAGGAUUGAGUUCCAAAUCUCAUCUCAUCUUCAAAUUUUGUAAAAUAAUGCAAAUUACUGCCAAAGGGAGGUUCCAGUUGAAUGCAUGAAUGGCCUGACACCACAUGUACAUGCAGGGACUUUGUCCAAUUGACUUUGGGCUUCUCAUGAGCUGCCAAGAAGACAAAGCAGGCAUUUCUACUGUCAGCCUUUUUAACUUGUGCUUUCAUUGUCAUUCCUAAAUUAAAAUGGCAGGGACCUUGGUCUUCUUAAUCUGGCCAAUGACUAGUUGUAUUUUUAUCAGAUUAGUCAUGGUAAUUGUAUCUUUACGUUAAGAUCAAUGUGAUCCAUUAGACAUCUUUUGUUUGUGUAUUCAGGGCAGUAGGUUAUCUUUCAAAAAAUCAUUAACAUUUAAUCUAUGUUUGCUUUUUUGCAUUUAAAAAUAAUUCUUCUUCUUUUUUUCAUCCAGUAAUUUUUUAUUUAAACAUCCUCUGUCAGUUUUAUUAAAUCUUUAUUGUUUUCAGCUUCCUAUUUAUGAACUUAUUAUUCUCACUUUUCCCUUAAUCCAAAAUGUCAGCCGUCUCCUCCUGGGGAGGAGACAGAUGACAUUUCAGACUACUUUUCCCUCAAAAAACCUAAUUGGUUUGUUUUGCUUUUAUUUUGGGGGGAGGGGGUGUGGUUCAAAUUUAUUUUUACAGCAAACAAGUUAUUGACACUGCUUAAUUGCAGUAAUUUAGCUUUAUUAGGCCAGUUUCAAUGUCGUGCUACUGCCCUGAGGAAAUAUAAUGAUCAAAAUCAAUUUGACUUUAGCACGGCAGUAGUGGGACGUUUGAAACCAAGUCGUGCUACUGCAGCUUUGCUGUGCUACAUGGCAGUAGCUUGACUUGGUUUCAAACAUCGCGCUACUGCCGUGAUGAACUUAACCCUUAAAGUCCCAAUAGUGACCAAGAUCAAAUUUCUCCAAACAGUAUCCGUACACUGUCAAGAGAUAAGUUAUAAGAAUUAAUAAAAUGAUCACACAAGAGAAAAUGCCUUGAUCUAUUAUCAAAUUCUCUCUACUUAUUCUUAAGGAAAUGUAUAGAAAUCAGUUUGGAGAAUAUUUGUAUGUGGAUACCGGGGCUUAAAGGGUUAAAGGCAAGUGACUAUGGGGUUGUUGUUGUUUUGUAGGAUUCAAAAGGCAAAGAGCCACUCUAUUCCUGACUGGAUUUUCAUCUGCAGCAUUUCUUACAUACAUGAUAUGCUUAAUCAGAAGUUCUCUUCAUAUUCAGUACAUCCUUCUCAUAACAGCUGCUGUGGGCAUCUUUGGAGGAAUCCUCUGCACAACAGUUAUUUUCUGUGGACUAUUUACCAGUGGAAUUGUCGCUGGGUUUAGCUUAUCAAUGGUCUUCCUUUUUGGCUUGGCAUCACUGUACCAGUACACCACACUCUCAAUACCCAUUGGUCUACUCGUAAGUGUGAGCGUUUUAUUGGCAGGGGCUAGCGUUUGGUGGAAGCGUGUUCUUCUGAUCAUUUCAUCAUCAAUUUAUGGGGGUGUACUGAUAAUGGGAGGGAUAGACUACUUUAUUGAGGACUUGCGGUUGGUCCACCAUGCUUGGGACAAAGUUUUUAUAAAGCAAGACGCAGGAAAACCUUGCUUUUUCUCUUGGAUCAUUCUUGGAGUUUGGCCUCUUAUGGUGCUUGUUGGUUUGUUAGUCCAGUUCCUUAAGACAGGAAAGAAGCCUCCAAAACCAGCAAAGGGUGAGAAUCAUCGUAGAAAUCAUUCAAGUCAAAAUGACCAAAGUUUCCAGCUUGUUUAAAGGUGCUUUGUAAUGAUAUUUCAUAAAAUAUUUGUCUGAAAAAAAAAGAAUUGUCGAGGGAUUUUACAAAAGUGUUUUAAACAUGACUUUCUCAUUGUCGUUCUCAUUUUCAUUUGUACAUAGUAUCACCCAAUUUAAGCAUAAAUUUUAUUAAGAAACAAAUAGCAUGUAGCAGACCCAUAAAUCUAUCAUUUUAAAACUGUUUGUUUCCCCUUUGCUUGUCCUUUUCUGCUGGAUAGUAAUUUGGCGGAUAGUGCUAUCCAACAAUUUGAACAAGAAUGGCCAGGACAAACUGCAACUUUAAUUUCUCAUACAAACACUUCAUUUUGUGGUUCGCAUAGUACUUGACAACUUGCACCUGUCACUUAUAUUAGAAAUGGUAGAUUUAACCAAGUGGUCCGUAUAAUAGUAACUUCUGACAGCAGUACACAUGGCAACAACUUUUUACAGCGAGUUACUGCUCUUCAUCAAAAAUGUAUAGCCAUAUUAUGUUUUAACAUGAUUGACACUAUAAGUAAUGCACCUGAAUUUUUUUAUUUGUAUGUAAAUAAUGUGUUUUAUUUAAAUUACAUGUAGAUUCUUUAUGCUUGCAUUAAGUAAAUGCGGAUCGAAAGGUUUGAGCAUAAAUAAAAUACAUUGUGUGGACUUAUGAAUACUGUAUCAGUAAAUUGAUAAUUAUUUAAAAUAUUAUUUUUAAUUGUUUAGUUUCUAAUGGCAUCAGUUAAAAUAUACUUACAUUCAACAGACAGACUGAAGGGGUGCCUGGAUUAAUCCCCCAGUGACUUCUAAUGAACUGCUAAAUUCUUUUCCAUUCUGUUUUGCUUGUGUGUGAAUCAAAAGGAGGAUUGAUUUCAGAUCAGUGGUCAUUUGGUACUUUAUUCCAGGCACCCACACACAAUGACUAUCAUUUAAGGGCCUGUUUACAUGGUGGUGGGGGACCCCACGUAGGUGACGUAACCGGCUUAGUUGGGGUAACCUACCUGUCCAUAUAAUCUCUCAUUUCAAUUUGAUCACGUUUACGUGAUAGGUGGGGUGAUCGCCGCAUGUUACCUCACCUACCUGGGGUUCCUUGCCUCCAUGUAAACAGGCCCUAAGUCACUGUAAAUAGAACAUUUUUAUCAUAAGAGUGGAUUAUUACCGACAGAACUACAAGAUUUGUGUUGAAUAUUUUUAAACCUGUUGUGUUCAAAGCUUUCAUAAGGGGGUUCAAAAUUCAAAGUUUAUAGGUGUAUGAUGAAAAGCAUAAAUUAUCCAACUGACUUUCCAGAUCAAGGAGGACCCCCCAAAAGCCUUUACAUUUGGGAAGGUACAAGUAUGUACUUGUAUAUCCUUUCCAAGUAAAAGCUGUGAACAACUGCACUACUUUAUUAUACUGUUGCCAGCAGUAAUAUCUGUAAUAAUGUGUCAAAAGUUGAACUUUUUAACUUAAGUACCAUUUUAGAAGUUUUUGAAUCUAGGAACCAUGUAAUGCUGUUUGACAGGGCAAGGUAAUAGAGAUUUUUUGGCAAUAAAUGAUUUAACAAUGUUGAGAACUAUCUUUUUUUUUCAUUUACAAAACUUCAUUUUAAACAGUAAAUAGAUCUUAUUCACGAUACUUGCCAUCUUUGCUCACACUUAAGGACUGAUAGGAUAAAAGUAAUGUCACUGUGUUACUCAGGGGGUAAACAAGUGAUAAAAUCUCCAAAUUUAAGAAAUCACUUUAUUCUACAUAACAGGAAAUGAAGAACUCUUUAUCUUAAAAACAAUAAUGGGAAAUUUUAUUUAUAAAUUUAUUUUUUUGGACACAAUAGUAGUGACCAUAGAUGUCCUCACAGCUAGAAAUAAUGAUGUAAAACAUGUUGAAGCUCGAACUGUACAUUUUGCAUGACUAAAAUUGUUGUUUUGUCUUGAGAGAAUACACAAAAUUGACUGCCAUUACUCAUAUUGGCCUAAUUUAUCACUUGUUUGCCCCCUGAAUUACCAUGUGACAUUGCUUUUAAGCCAUCAAUUCUAAAACAUGUGCAGAUGGGGUGUAUCAUGAAUAAGUUCUAUUCAUAUCACUCAUAUUUUUAUCCUUACAUCCAUGCGCAGACUUUCACAACAAGCAUUAUUCAAUGGGAUCUCCAUUUUACUCGGCACCUGAUGACAUAGAAAUGACUGAACGCCUUGUGGAGCAAGACCAAGUACCUCCAACCCCAUCCCUGAAUAUGGACCACACCCCACUAAGGUCACCUUUGCUAAUGGGCGAGGAUGACUAAUGUAUCACAUGGACAAAAAUCAUGAACCAUCAUAAUUUUUUGUUGGGCACAAAGUUAUUUUUGCCUUUUUAUCAUGAUCAUCACUGUCAUCACAAUGAAUACAAAACUUAGCACUCUAUUCAUAAAAGGAACUAAACAGUUUUUACCAAGGUCUUGGAUUCUGCAUACUCUCUGAAUAGGUAGAGUUCACACUAACUGGAAGUUUAGUGGAAGUCUAUAGUGGUCCCUCUAGAAAGUUUAGAGAAAUUUCUCUGGACUGCUUUUAACUAUAUACUUGUCAGAACAGAGCCUUAGUUAUACUAUAUAGUUAAUUACCAUUAACAUAAAAUUCAUACGUAAAAAUUGAAAUCUGCACUGUAAAGUAGGGAUUGUUGUAAGGUAAAAGUUCAAAAAUGUACAUUAAUGUGGAUCAGAAAAAAAAAUAUCAAAUUACUAUAAAAACUUCUUUGUCAAAAGAGGCAAGUAACCAGCUGGCCAGAACCCCCUCAAAAUUGCCCAGUUCUACCUUCAGAGUGAACUCAACAUUUUUUCUUGUGCUAACUCUUUGUUCUGGAAAACUUCAAGGACAUAAAAGUAGUUCGAGAUAAGACAAAAAACACAAAAACAAUAAUUAUUUUGUUUUCCCAGUUUUAAAAAGGAUGACAACUUAAUGUUUUGGUUUUGCACGUCAAAUACAAAAAUACAAGGAGAGAAAUGAAACAAUGUUCUUUGAGUCAAUUAGGGUAACAUCUAAACAUAACAACACAAUAAUUUAUUUUGAGUGAAAUGGAGAAUAAUCCCAAAAUUUAAUAAUAGGUUUUUUUUAACCAAAGGCAUUCAAUUUUGUAAAUAAAAAAUUAUUCGCCAAAACAGCCAGCAUACAUGAUUAAUGAUUAUAUUUUCAAAUGCAUCAGUCAGUUAGUUUGAAAAAAGUGUUUUUGGCAAAAGGGAG